AUGGCUGUCGUUCCGAAUGGCACUUCGGUCGAGUCGGCGCCCUUGUCGGCGCCUAAGUCCCACGACCAGACCCAUACGCUCAGUGUGGUGAUUCUAAUUGUUGCCAUGUUUUCUGCCCUCGGCGCAAUGUGGAUGAUUUUGGGCUUUGUGAUGAACAAAUCGUUGCGAACAUUCAGACACCAACUUAUCCUUGGUCUGGCUGUUAGUGACUUUUUCAUGGCCAUCAACUUCCUGUCUUCUGCUGCCGUCAACCUGUCUGGCCAAGAUAUUGGGUCGAAGGCCUGCAAAACCUUUUGCAGCUUCAACGGAUUCAUGAUUCAAACGUUUGUUGAUCAGACCGAUUAUUGGGUGCUUUCUAUUGCGGCCUGCACAUUCAUCAUGGUCGACGACAAGAAAGCAAUUUCACAGUGGAUUCAAAACAAUAGAGCCGUAGUUUGGACAAUUCCCUGGGUGUUGUCCCUUCUUUGGGCGACGCUCGGACUAUGCUUGGCUGGAUACGGAGACAUUGGAGCGUGGUGCUGGUUUACGAGUGACAAGACCAGACUCUUGGUCAAUUUUCUCCCUCGCUGGAUCAUCAUUGGACUGAUGCUUCUUCUGUAUCUUCGUCUACACUUUAUCAUCCACCGCGCCCACGACAAUUUCGUUUCUUUCAACGACGAGGAGGAAUACGGUGCGGGUUCGGGGUCGUAUUCUGCCUCCAAGAGUGGCGGAACAUGGUCUCAACAGCCUGUGCAUCUGUCAAAGCUGUCCGAGGGCUCCAGCCAGGAGCGCAUCGUGGCGCCAUCUUCGCCACCGGCUCCCGUACCGAGACCAAAAGUACGAAAGAGCAGAGGAGCUGCUGAUUUGCGCAGACUCUCUUAUCAAAUGAUGCUGUAUCCCUUGGUGUAUAUGCUCAUCUGGGCGCUGCCGACGGCGAUCCGAAUCUAUCAGGCCGUCAGUGGACACUCGGCCUCGUUCCCAAUUGCCACUGUUGACAAGUCUUGUAUUGUUGUUCAGGGCCUUUGCGAUGCCCUCGUCUACGGAUUCAACGAGAAAACUUGGCGCGGCUGGAAGGAGAUUUUCACACGAAAGAAGGGUAUCUGA